GUCACAUCGGCUUGGCGUAGGCUUCUCUUCUUGACCAACAACUCCACAAACCUGAGAGAUGGCACCCAAGAAAGCCAAGAGGAGGCAGCAGCAGGGUGAGGGUGGAUCCUCCAAUGUGUUCUCCAUGUUUGAGCAGAGCCAGAUCCAGGAGUACAAGGAGGCUUUCACAAUCAUCGACCAGAACAGAGAUGGCAUCAUCAGCAAGGACGACCUCAGGGACGUGCUGGCCACCAUGGGCCAGCUGAACGUGAAGAAUGAGGAGCUGGAGGCCAUGGUGAAGGAGGCCAGCGGCCCCAUCAACUUCACCGUCUUCCUCACCAUGUUCGGCGAGAAGCUGAAGGGCGCUGAUCCCGAGGACGUCAUCGUGAGCGCUUUCAAGGUCCUGGACCCCGAGGCCACCGGCUUCAUCAAGAAGGAAUUCCUUGAGGAGCUCCUGACCACACAGUGCGACAGGUUCACCGCUGAGGAGAUGACCAACCUGUGGGCUGCCUUCCCCCCUGAUGUGGCUGGCAACGUGGACUACAAGAACAUCUGCUACGUCAUCACACACGGAGAGGACAAGGAGGAGUAAAUGCCUCUUCUCUCAAGACCUCUACCUCCGCUCGAAUCCACGCCGGUCCAACCAUCCGUUUACUCCUCCUUCUCCAACGCCGUACCUUCCUUUCACACACUCGCUCCCAGGUCCGCUCUUUCCCGCUCGCUGUAAGCUCAAUACGAAAAGACUUUGUCGAGAUUCUCAGCGAGAGGACGGAGGGCCGCGGGGGUGUUUGUGUGUAAGUACAACAGAGGAACAUGGGAUUAUUUUCAAUAAAAAUAAUCUUGUGACACCGAAACGCUCUCGCCAUCUCUGUCCCUGCCUCUUGUUCCUCCUGCUUUUCCUCCACCACUCAUUCUGUCCCUCUGCGUUGAGGCCAACAGUGCAUGCAUCAUACCUACUGAUGGCGUGUAUGCAUACGCAGUCCAGUGUGUACAGGGGUUGGUCAGAAUGUCUCUUGGGUGCUGUGGUGCAUGCACAGUCUCUUGCUUGAAACAAGUGAGCGGUCUGACCCGUGGCGGUCUGUUAGUCCCAACCUAUCUCAGAAUGUUUGAUGGAUUCUCGCUUUGCAAGUAUUGGAGAGGAGUGCUUAGUAAAAGAGUGGGAGUGCUGCACUAUAAUAGUUUGUCUACUCCUCUUUUUUUUUUAAGGCAUAUUCCUGUUUUCUGAUAUGCAGAUGUGAAAGGAAAAGUUGUAGUGAAAAGAUGGAUGCAUGAUUUUAAGUAUAUUUAAUCCUGUUUAUAGAGAAAGAGAUAGUGACAGGCGGUAAGCUGGGGGCAGCAAAGGGAAAAACAAAAGGAAAGAAUCUUUGUUUUUUGACUCUUCUUCCUCCCUCUUACUGCUGUUUCCCUCCUGUUUGUGACUGUCUACGCUGUAACA